GUGGGCUACGUCCUGUUCACGCUGUUCGCCACCUACAGCAUGCUGCCGCUGCCGCUCACCUGGGCCAUCCUGGCCGGCCUCUUCACCUCCGGGCUGCACAUCCUGGUCCAGCUGCUCAUCUCGGAGAGCGCGCGCUUCUUCACCAACCAGGUGGCGGCGCAGGCCGUGCUCUUCCUGUGCAUGAACACCGCCGGGAUCUUCAUCAGCUACCUGUCCGACCGGGCCCAGCGCCAGGCCUUCCUCGAGACGCGGCGCUGCAUCGAAGCUCGCCUCAGACUCGAGACGGAGAACCAGAGACAGGAACGGCUGGUGUUAUCCGUGCUGCCACGUUUUGUAGUUUUGGAAAUGAUCAACGACAUGACAAAUGUAGAGGACGAACACCUCCAGCACCAGUUCCACAGAAUUUACAUCCACCGCUACGAGAAUGUCAGCAUUCUUUUCGCAGAUGUUAAAGGAUUCACCAACCUCUCCAACGCUGUCCGCCAGGAGCUGGUACGAAUGUUGAAUGAACUCUUUGCACGUUUCGACCGUCUGGCUCACAGGAGCCACUGUCUGCGCAUCAAGAUCCUGGGAGACUGUUACUACUGCGUGUCUGGGCUGCCGGAGCCCAGACCGGACCACGCCCACUGCGUGGAUGGACUGAGCAUGCUCAAAACCAUCAGAUACGUCCGAUCUCGUACGAAACACGACAUCGACAUGCGGAUCGGGAUCCACUCCGGCUCGGUGCUGUGCGGCGUUCUGGGCCUCAGGAAGUGGCAGUUUGACGUCUGGUCCUGGGACGUGGACAUCGCCAACAAGCUGGAGUCCGGAGGCAUCCCCGGGCGGAUCCACAUCUCCAAAGCCGCUCUGGAUUGUCUGAACGGCGACUACGAGGUGGAGGAGGGUCACGGCAAGGACCGCAACGACUUCCUGCGGCGCCACAACAUCGAGACGUACCUGAUCAAGCAGCCGGAGGAGAGCCUGCUCACGCUGCCGGAGGACAUCAUGAAGGAGGCGGCGAGCUCGGCCGACCGCCGGGCCAGCAGCGCCACCUUCAACGAGGCGUCCUGGAGCCCCGAGCUGCCCUUCGACAACAUCGUGGGAAACCAGAACACUCUGGCUGCCCUAACGAGAAAUUCGAUAAAUCUGCUUCCAAACCAUCUUGCACAAGCUUUGCAUGUCCACUCUGGUCCUGAGGAAAUUAACAAGCGAAUAGAGAGUGCCAUCGACUUACGGAGUGGCGAUAAGUUGAGAAGAGAGCAUAUCAAGCCUUUCUCACUGAUGUUUAAAGACUCCAGCCUGGAAGAGAAGUACUCACAGAUGAGGGACGAGGUUUUCAAGUCCAACCUGGUCUGCGCCUUCAUCGUGCUCAUCUUCAUCACGGCUAUUCAAAGCCUGCUGCCCUCUGCCAGAAUGGUGACGAUGGUGAUCCAGUUCUCGGUCCUCAUCGUUCUCCACUCCUGUCUGGUUCUGGUCACGACGGCGGAGGACUACAAGUGUCUGCCUCUGGUUCUGAGGAAAGCCUGCUGCUGGAUCAACGAGACGUACGCGGCGCGGAACGUCAUCAUCUUCGUCUCCAUCCUCAUCAACUUUCUCGCCGCAAUGAUCAACAUUCUGUGGUGCGACUUCGACAAGUCCAACACCUUCAGGAACCAGACGUACAACGAGUCUGCCUCCAUCCCGGACAUCUGCUUCUACCCAGAGUACUUCGUGUUCACGGGCGUCCUGGCCAUGGUCACCUGCGCCGUGUUCCUGCGGCUCAACUCCGUGCUGAAGCUGGCCGUGCUGCUGCUGAUGAUCGCCAUCUACUCCCUGCUGACCGAAGCCUUCUACACCUCGCUGUUUGUGCGCUACGACACCGUGCACCACAACACGGAAAACUUUCUGGGAACCAAAGAGACGUCUCUGCUGCUGAUGGCCAUGUUCCUCCUCGCCGUGUUUUACCACGGUCAGCAGCUGGAGUACACGGCCCGGCUGGACUUCCUGUGGCGCGUUCAGGCCAAGGAGGAGAUCAACGAGAUGAAGGAGCUGCGGGAACACAACGAGAACAUGCAGAACAUCCUGCCCAGCCACGUGGCCCGACACUUCCUGGAGAAGGACCGCGACAACGAGGAGCUGUACUCCCAGUCCUACGACUCGGUGGGCGUGAUGUUCGCCUCCAUCCCCGGCUUCGCCGACUUUUACUCCCAGACUGAGAUGAACAACCAGGGAGUCGAGUGUCUGCGGCUGCUCAACGAAAUCAUCGCCGACUUCGACGAGCUGCUCGGUGAAGACCGUUUCCAGGACAUCGAGAAGAUCAAGACGAUCGGCAGCACCUACAUGGCCGUCUCUGGUCUGUCGCCCGAGAAACAGCAAUGUGAAGAUAAAUGGGGUCACCUUUGCGCCCUGGCCGACUUCGCCAUCGCCCUGAACGAGAGCAUCCAGGAGAUCAAUAAACAUUCCUUCAACAACUUCGAGCUGCGGAUCGGAAUGGCUCACGGCUCGGUGGUGGCCGGCGUGAUCGGCGCCAAGAAGCCGCAGUACGACAUCUGGGGGAAGACGGUGAACCUGGCCAGCCGCAUGGACAGCACCGGCGUGAGCGGCAAGAUCCAGGUUCCCGAGGAAACCUUCCUCAUCCUGAAGGAGCGAGGCUUCGCCUUCGAGUACCGCGGCGAGAUCUACGUCAAGGGCAUCAGCGAGCAGGAGGGCAAAAUCCGAACUCACUUCCUGCUGGGCCGGGUGCAGCCCAACCCGCUCAUCCUGCAGCCGCGCAAAAUCACGGGCCAGUACUCUCUGGCGGCCGUGGUGCUGGGCCUGGUGCAGUCGCUCAACCGGCAGAAGCAGAAGCAGAUUCUCAACGAGAACAACAACUCGGGCAUCAUGAAGGGCCACCACCACUACAACCGCAGGACGUUGUUGGCGGCCGGCGGCGCCGAGGUGGGCGGCGGCCAUCACGCCGAAGCGCCGGAUAAGACGGAUCUGUCCUGAGGCGCCCGGCGCUGAUUCCUUACAGGCAGAACUGCUGCGAAGGCCCAGAUCCCGUCUGUGGCUGCGUUAAAUCCUGGUGGGUGAAGCGUCCGAUCAUCGGCCUGAAACCGACCCAUAUCUGGAAACAAGGAGGCAAAUAUUGUUAACUUUGGCUGAUUUCUCAGAGUCAUGGGGAGAAACGAAAGUUUCCAUCAGAGUUGAAUGAUCAGGGAGAGCUGAUCACAUCCUGAUCAUGUCCAUUGAGUGAGCAGAAAUGCAUCUAGACGAACAACAACUGGCAGUUUGUUGAUCUGCAGCUGUGAGCUGAUGUUAUGCUGACCGACGGUCUGGGGAGUGUCAUGAGGCAGAGCCGUUAGACGGCCUCCUUCAAAACCUGACAGUAAAAUAUCUUCUGUGAAACAGGUUUACAGUCCAUCCAGCAACAGACAACCUGCAGACGGGAAACAGGUCAGAGGAAACAAACAUGGCCGACCAGAAACAGCGGCGAUAGAUUAUGGAUUAUGUUGAUUAGAGAAUAAACCAGCGGACUGCAUCGUGUCAGCAGGCUGUGACCUGGUUUGACCUCUGGGAUCGCCACACGCUGACCAUCCAACAUGCUGAAUAUCAACCAUUUCCGAUCAGAGCAGGAUCGAUGCGCCGUAACGGCCUAGUCAAUGUCCACAACCUUUCAAAACAAAUGUGAGCUGCAACUUGAAGUCGUUGCUGCUGAAAUCGGUUCUGUCAACUGAAUCAGAGACUUUAUUUCUCCUCAUGACUUUAUUUCAUGUUUUCAGUUGAAAAUGAAUGUAAAUCAUUUUUAGUUUUGGUUUAUUAAAGUAUUUCUGAUGAAAAACGCCGUUUGGACAUCCAGAGACUUUUACUUUGAAGUUUUCAUCAUGAAUGUCUAAAACUGAACGUUCCUCCUGUGUUCACUACAAGCUCCGCCCACUUCGGUUUAGUCCAGCCAAUGAGGUUUGAUCUUCGUCCUGAGCAGCUCUGCUUUCUGAGAAUGUUUGUAGAACUGAAACUCAACUGUAGAGACGGGUGGGUUACUGGGAGCACAGGGAGCACUGGGAGGACUGGGAGGACUGGGAGCACUGGGAGGACUGGGAGGACUGGGAGCACAGGGAGCACUGGGAG